UGGUGCGUUCUGCGGUUCAAGUCGUUGCUUCAGCUUUAAUCCGACGCAAUGCAAACUUUGUCACCAAACAAUAUUCGACUGCAGAGCGAUGAGGUUAAAAUACCGGCGCCUUGGGGUUUCAUAUCAGGUCGUUGGUAUGGCAGUCGAGCUGAUAGGCCUAUUUUGGCGAUCCACGGAUGGCUGGACAACCUGGGUACCUUCGAUCGGCUGGUUCCACUGCUCUCCGCUCACGUAGGAGUGCUCUGCAUCGAUCUUCCCGGACAUGGAGGAUCCUCGCGCCUUCCGCCUGGCGUUCACUACAACGUGUACGACUAUGUGCUCAUUAUUCCGAGGGUGAUGAAGGAGUUCGGCUGGUCGAAGGUCUCCCUUAUGGGUCACUCCCUCGGCGGAGUGAUGAGCUUCAUGUACGCGGCAAUAGCUCCAAACACCGUUGACAUGAUCAUAUCCCUGGAUGUGCUGCUGCCCCGCAGGAUCGAGGAUCCCAGCAAGCUGACCAAGGACAUAGAGGGCUAUUUGGUGGAGGAGGAGCGACAGGCGGAUGGAACGCAGCAUGAGCCGCCCUCGUUUAGCCUCAGUAAAAUGCGAAAGGUCCUGGCCAGGAACAGUAAUAAUUCGGUGCCGCAUCACCUGGCCGAUCACAUGCUCCACCGCCAGGUGGCCAAGUCACAGAUGUAUCCGGAAAAGAUCUUCUUUACGAGGGACGGGCGCGUAAAGUUCUACCAUAUAUUCGACAUUGAAGAAGGACUGGCUGCGGAGAUGGCGAGGCGUAUUCAGAAGAAACCCUACCUGGUGAUCAAGGGAGGCCUAUCUCCAUUUGUGGGACCCCGAUGCGACGAAACGAUAUCCAUUCUGUCUCAGGAUAACCCUCACUUCGAGUUCUACGAGGUGAAGGACGCCAAACAUCAUGUCCAUCUCCAAGCCGCCGAGGAAUGUGCCCGCUAUAUCGUACCGUUUAUCCAAAAUCAUAGACCUCCAAAAAGCAGCAAGCUAUAAGGAACAUUUAAAAAAAUUUUAAGAUCUGUGUUAAGUUAAGAUCUCCAAGGAGCAGCAAGCCGUAAAAAAAUUAUU